AUGGCAUUUUUCAAAAAUUUUCAGCAGAAUCUGCCUUCAGUGUUCUCUCUGGUAGACACAAUCAGUAGUGCUGUAGAAGAUUUGACCACUGCUGUUGGGGAGGUCAGCUAUUCUUUAACUGACUCAGUUGCUGAGCAGGUAACAAGUUUGAUAAAUGGGUUUCGCCCAGAAGAGGAAAGCUCUGCAACAGAAGAAGCUGCAGAUACUUCUAAACAAAACAAUGCCAUGUUAAUAGAAGUCUCCCAAAACACUAAUUGUCAGAAAACACAAUCCAGUUUAGAGCACAGAGCAAAACAAAUAAAUUCUUAUAAUACUUUGGUUUCACAAAAGCAAGAUCAUGGAAUGCCUGAAGAAAGAGUAUUUAAACAUAUUAAUGAUAGGCAACAGACUCUAUCAGAAUAUCAAGAAACUGAUAAUACUGGUGAUUCUUCUUUGAAAGGCCAGAUGAGUAAUGGUGGGAUAUCAGUUAUCAAACAGAAUACAAGAGCUGGAUCUACUUGUCAAGAACUUGAAAGUACUGACAGAUGUGAAAAAAUUGGAUUAGGAAUCUCCAAUAAUGGUAAGAAUGGUUUAAAGGAGGUAAGAUACCGAGAAAUGAAAGGAAAUCAGAAGAAUUCCAAUGGGAUAAACAUGUAUGAGCAAAAGAAAUGCAUUGAUACAGAUAAUCAUAAACUAGAAGAAUACAGUAAGUCUCAACAUGUAUUUUUGGGAGGAGAUCAAGAGAAAAUAGGGCAUUUCAAUAAAUAUAAACAUCUUACUCAUUUAGGACAUUCUGAUCAUUUAAAGAAAGCUGAAAAACAUAUUAAAAAUAAAGGAUUUACAGGGAAUGAGUGUUCAGGAAAUGAAUAUUCUACAAAAGAUACUUGGACAAGCAAUAGACAUAUGAUACAGAAAUCUUUUAUGAAAGAAGAUACACAUCCAGCAUCAUCGAGUAAUUGUAAAGAUGAAUUACCUGGAAAAAUCAAGGAACAAAUAAAUCCAGCAAAACACUACAAAGCAAAAGGAGAAAUAGAAAAAAAGAAAAAUGAAGCCAUUUCUGCCAAGAAAAGAACAGCAAAGAGUAAAGAUGAAAAAUAUUCUAAGAUAAUACCAGAAAAAGAUAAUUCCUACAUGGACAAAGAUGAGCAUGGCUCAUCCUCUGAAAGUGAAGAUGAAGCACUGGGUAAAUAUCAUGAGGCCUUAUCCAGAACACACAAUUCCAGACUACCAUUGGCAGAUUCUAGACAAAAGAACUACGCUUGGGAAACAAGACAAAAAUACAGUCCUCUGUCUGCAGAGUAUGAUGGAUACAGUAGUGAAGCAUCAAUAGAUGAAGGAAACUGCAUUCAGAGAAUGAGAAGAACACCCCCGCUGGAUGAACUGCAGCCACCACCGUAUCAGGAUGACAGUGGUUCUCCCCAUCUGUCAUGUACACCCUCAGAAAUUGGGGACAGUAAAUGUGAGUUUUCCCACUGCAGCAACAGUCCACGAUGCUCAUAUAACAAGUGCCCAAGUGAAGGAAGCACAGGUCAUGAAAUAGAAAGUUUUCAUAAUAAAGGAUAUGAAGAAGAUGUUCCAAGUGACAGCACUGCAGUCCUGAGCCCUGAAGAUAUAUCAGCUCAAGGAUCAUCUUCACAGCUUCCUAAACCUUUUGAUCCUGUGCCAGAAGCUAAAUAUGGCACACUGGAUGUGACUUUUGACUAUGACUCACAAGAACAGAAGCUUCUGGUAACAGUGACAGCUGUCACAGACAUCCCAACUUAUAACAGGACAGGUGGCAACUCAUGGCAAGUACACCUUGUUCUUCUACCUAUAAAGAAACAGAGAGCAAAAACCAGCAUCCAGAGAGGACCAUGCCCUGUCUUCACAGAAACAUUUAAAUUUAAUCAUGUUGAAUCUGAGAUGAUUGGAAAUUAUGCAGUUCGGUUUAGACUGUAUGGUGUACAUCGCAUGAAAAAAGAAAAGAUUGUGGGGGAAAAGAUUUUUUAUUUAACAAAAUUGAAUCUUCAAGGGAAAAUGUCAUUGCCUGUGAUAUUGGAACCUUCUUACAAUCAUUCUGGCUGUGACUCCCAAAUGAGCAUGUCAGAAAUGUCCUGUAGUGAAAGUACCUCCUCGUGUCAGUCUCUUGAACACGGCUCAGUUCCAGAAAUUCUCAUUGGCCUGCUUUAUAAUGCCACAACUGGAAGACUAUCAGCAGAAGUGAUAAAAGGCAGCCACUUCAAAAACUUGGCAGCAAACAGACCACCCAAUACAUAUGUUAAGUUAACUCUACUGAAUUCCAUGGGUCAAGAGAUGUCCAAAUGCAAGACAUCCAUCCGCAGAGGGCAGCCAAACCCAGUAUACAAGGAAACUUUUGUUUUUCAAGUGGCCCUAUUUCAACUUUCUGAUGUGACACUCAUACUGUCAGUGUAUAACAAACGCAGCAUGAAAAGAAAAGAGAUGAUAGGCUGGAUUUCUUUAGGUCUGAACAGCUCUGGAGAAGAAGAACUCAAUCACUGGACUGAAAUGAAAGAGUCGAAAGGACAGCAAGUAUGUAGAUGGCACGCCUUACUAGAGUCCUGAUGAGUAGGAUAAGCAGCAGUUGUGAUCCAAGGCAGCAUAUUUCUGAUCGCCACAGUACCUACCGUUUCUACCUAGUCACCAUUAGAAGACCUAUUCUUUGAAGAAUCAUAUUCAACAUUCUACCAACAUGCUUUCAGUUUUGUGGAAAGAACAGCUAAUACUGACAUAAAUGAAGAAGAGAUAUGUCUCUGGUAGAGCUUGUUUGGGAAACCAAGAAACUUCCAUCAUCACUGUUAAACUAACAAUCCUCCAGAGAUUCAAUAACAUGUUUUUGAUUUGAAGUUAAUUUUAAUUUAGCAAAAGAGCCAGUAAUUUCAUAAAAACAAUCACAGUUAAAAGUGAUUUUAAAGAUCAGAAGUUUAGUUGCAACACUCUUUUAGUAUCACCCUACAUGUUAUUUAUAAAACAUUUUGACUGGCCGGUCCCUGGUGUUUAUAAUGUUCUUAAAUAUGAAAAAGUAGUUCUCCAACCAACUGGUCUUAGUUCUCCAAGUCGUAUAUACUGGUGAAGGUUUCGGUCAGAUGGAAAAUUGUGUUAUUUCAAAUAUGUUCCCUUUGUGCACUUAGUUUCAUUGUGCCUCAGUUCUUCUCAGUAGCACUAAAUCUAAGUGCAAAUGAGUAUUCAUUUUCAUACAGGAAUUUUAAAAAUAUGUUAUUUUUUAAAAUGUUCAUUUUCUUCAUUUGCCUCUGCUUUUGCCUGAUCCAAAGAGACCAAGUCACUGUACUGGUCCCUUGCAAGUCUUUUAGACAGGUUGUACUGUAGAACUACGUAACUUUCUGUUGAAAGCACUUCCUGUAUUCUUGUAUUCCAAUGUAGGAAGCUAAUAGAGCAGGACUUUACUUUAA